ACCCAGCCAGCUCCGGCGUUCGGCGUCCCUGGAUGGGGCGGUGGGCCCUCGACGUGGCCUUUGUGUGGAAGGCAGUGCUAACCCUGGGGCUGGUCCUCCUCUAUUACUGCUUCUCCAUCGGCAUCACCUUCUACAACAAAUGGCUGACAAAGAGCUUCCACUUCCCCCUCUUCAUGACGAUGCUGCACCUGGCUGUGAUCUUCCUCUUCUCCGCCCUGUCCCGAGCACUGGUGCAGUGCUCCAGCCACAGGGCCCGUGUGGUGCUCAGCUGGACCGACUACCUCAGGAGAGUGGCUCCCACAGCACUGGCAACGGCACUUGAUGUGGGCCUGUCCAACUGGAGCUUCCUGUACAUCACCGUCUCUCUGUACACAAUGACCAAAUCCUCAGCCGUCCUCUUCAUCCUGGUCUUCUCCCUGGUCUUCAAGCUGGAGGAGCUGCGAGCGGCACUGGUCCUGGUAGUCCUCCUCAUCGCUGGGGGCCUCUUCAUGUUCACCUACAAGUCCACACAGUUCAACGUCGAGGGCUUCGCCUUGGUGCUGGGGGCCUCCUUCAUCGGUGGCAUUCGUUGGACCCUCACCCAGAUCCUCCUGCAGAAGGCUGAGCUCGGACUCCAGAACCCCAUUGACACCAUGUUCCACCUGCAGCCGCUCAUGUUCUUGGGGCUCUUCCCUCUCUUUGCUGUAUUUGAAGGUCUCCAUUUGUCCACAUCUGAGAAAAUCUUCCGUUUCCAGGACACAGGACUGCUUCUGCGGGUUCUUGGGAGCCUCUUCCUUGGCGGGAUUCUCGCCUUCGGUUUGGGCUUCUCCGAGUUCCUUCUGGUCUCCCGAACCUCCAGCCUCACGCUCUCUAUUGCUGGCAUUUUUAAGGAAGUCUGCACUCUGCUGCUGGCGGCACAUCUGCUGGGCGACCAGAUCAGCCUCCUGAACUGGCUGGGCUUUGCCCUCUGCCUCUCUGGAAUAUCCCUGCACGUCGGGCUGAAAGCCCUGCACACCAGAGGUGAUGGUGGCCAGAAACCUUUGAAGGGUCUGGGCUCCAGCCCCGACCUGGAGCUGCUGCUCCGGAGCAGCCAGCAGGACGAAGAGGACAACGAGGAGGAACAGUACUUUGUGGCCCAGGGGCAGCAGUGACCAGCCAGGGGGAGCCCCUGGAAGCAGGCUUCCCCCUCACCUCCUGCCUGGGCUGCAGCUCACAGU